AUGCUUAUCACAAUCAAGACAUUGAAACAAGAGUCAUUCAAGGUCGAAAUUGAUCCUUCUGACAAGGUCCUUGCUAUCAAAGAAAAGGUGGCAGAACUUCAAGGCCACCCAGUCAGUAGCCAAAAGUUGAUUUUUUCUGGCAAGUUGCAACAAAUGCAGAGCAAGAUUCUUGCGGAUGAGAACCCAAUUUCGCAGUAUGAAAUCACAGAGAAGGAUUUCUUGGUGAUUAUGGUCACCAAGCCUGCUGUCACUGCAGCUCCAUCUACAUCUAACGUAGCUGCUGCAUCUACCCCUGCUCUCCCUGCACCGGCCGCACCCGUUACUCAAACAACAGUUGAAGAGACUCCUGUAGCUGUUGCACCUGCCACAUCUCCGUCCAUCGGCCAGAACCCCACUCCAGCAGCUUCUACUGAGCCUGCUGCUCCUACUAAUUCAGCUGAUAAUGCCCUUUUAACUGGGACUCAAUUUGAGACUGCUAUUCAGAAUAUGGUCGAUAUGGGUUUUCCCCGAGACCAAUGUAUGCUUGCGAUGAGGGCUAGUUUCAACAACCCGGACAGAGCUGUUGAGUACUUAAUGAAUGGCAUUCCUGAGCACCUUCAGGCCCAAGCUAGCGCCCCUACCCCUCGUGCCGCAGCCACAGCAACCCCUGCUGGAACUGCUGCAACUACUGCUCCUUCUUCUACGUCGCCUGCGUCUGCUACCGCAGCCCAGACUGCCUCUUCUCCUGCUGCUGCUGCUCAGCCACAAAAUCUUUUUACAGCUGCUGCGCAAGCAGCAGCCAAUGCUAGACGCGGCACAUCAGGAGAAUCUGGGCCUGGAGGAGAGGUGGAAAACUUGGCUUUUCUGAGAGAUCAACCUCAAUUCCAGCAAAUCCGCGAGUUAGUCCAGCAUAACCCUGAUUUACUCCAACCUCUCUUGAUCCAACUUGGACAGUCCAAUCCUCAUAUGUUGCAGCUUAUCAAUCAGAACCAACAAGGAUUUCUGCAACUCUUGAAUGAAGGAUACGAAGGUGAUGAAGGAGGCGCUCCACCACCAGGUACCAACCACGUCUACGUCACACAAGAGGAACAAGAAGCUAUUCAGCGUCUUGAGAAUCUUGGAUUUGAUCGUCAGACUGCUGUGGAGGCUUUCUUGGCCUGUGAUCGUGACGAGCAGAUGGCCGCCAACUACUUGUUUGACCAUGGCAAUGAUGACUUUGAAGAGGACACUCAAUAA